UGAAACCUGUUUAUGCAUCAAAUAUUUUAUCAGUCAGCGUCAUUUUAACAUAUCUCUUUAACACAAUCAGUGUGAACCUUAUAGGCGCUCACCACGUGUUUAUUCAGUUUCACUUGCCUAGAAUGAAACUCGUGCGUCUCAGUUUUUUUUUUUUUUUUUUGAGUUGACUUGUACCCAUCAGUGAAGUUUUGAGUGAUCCAUUUUUCAGCCUAUGAAGCGUCGGAAAAAGGGUUUUUCAAUUUUGAAUUAUAAUGGGGUCUUUGAUAAGGUUGAAUAAUUACAUUGUGAAACGAUUUCGACACACAAGUGCAAAUCCAAAAUAUGCUGGAAAAGUUAUAGCUAUUCGCCGAGAAGACCAGUCAGUAUGGGAACGUCGAGCCCCUCUUGCCCCCAACAACGUCAGUCGCUUGACUCGUUUAGGAAUCAAAGUCAUCGUACAACCAUCAAACAGAAGGGCAUAUCCUAUGCAGGCUUAUGCAAAUGCAGGAGCAAUCAUUCAGGAGGAUAUAUCAGAAGCAAGUGUCAUCUUUGGUGUGAAGCAAGUCCCUGUUGACUUGCUAUUACCUGACAAAACUUACUGCAUGUUCUCACAUACGAUCAAAGCUCAACAGGACAACAUGCCUCUUCUUGAUGCAGCUUUGAUGAAGAACAUAAGACUCAUUGAUUAUGAGAAACUUGUCGAUGACUCAGGACAGAGAGUCGUUGCUUUUGGCAAAUAUGCUGGUGUUGCUGGUAUGGUGAACAUUCUACAUGGUUUAGGAUUACGACUCUUGGCACUUGGUCAUCACACUCCAUUCAUGCACAUAGGGCCUCCUCACAAUUACCGGAAUUCAAUGAUGGCACGGCAAGCCAUUAGGGAUGCUGGAUAUGAAAUUGCCUUGGGAAUGAUGCCAAAAUCAAUUGGACCUCUAACUUUUGUUUUUACAGGAUCUGGAAACGUCUCUCAAGGAGCACAAGAGGUCUUUCAAGACUUACCAUAUGAAUACGUACCUCCAGACAUGCUUCAAAAAGUUGCGGAGCAUGGAGUUAAUACAAAAAUAUAUGGCUGUGAAGUUCGACGAAGACAUUAUUUGGAAAGGAAAGAUGGAGGUGGCUUUGACCGAGAGGAGUAUGAAGGAAAUCCAUCUCUCUACACGUCAACUUUCAGCAAGAAGAUUGCCCCCUUUGCGUCUGUCAUAAUAAAUGGGAUUUACUGGGCAGUUGACAGCCCCAAGUUACUGACCUUACCGGAUGCCAAAGUUCUUCUGAGGCAAAUGAAUUUACCUUGGUUACCGUCUUCAGUUGGAGCUCCUGCUCUACCUCAUAGGCUACUGGGAAUUUGUGAUAUUUCUGCAGAUCCGGGUGGCUCAAUCGAGUUCAUGAAUGAAUGCACAACCAUUGAUAAUCCAUUUUGUCUGUAUGAUGCCGAUCAAAACAAAGACACCAAAAGUUUCCGGGGACCAGGUGUUCUAGUCUGCUCUAUCGAUAAUAUGCCAACACAACUACCAAUGGAAGCGACUGAUUUCUUUGGAAGCCUGGUUCUACCAUAUGCAUUAGACAUCAUUCAGUCUGAUGCCACAAAACCUUUGGAGGAACAUUCAUUUAUACCAUCAGUUCAUGCUGCAAUCAUUACUAGCAAUGGAAAAUUAACGCCUAAUUUUGAGUACAUUCAAGAUCUCCGCAAUAUGAAUUCGGCCAAUCGCCAUAAGGAAAGUGGCUCUUCAGGGACAGAAAAACGCUGCUUGGUAUUAGGUGCUGGUCUUGUCAGCGAACCUUUGAUAGAGUUUUUACACCGUGAUCCAUCCCUCUCAAUAACUUUAGGUUCCUUACUCAAAGAGGAUGCUGAUUCUUUGGCGAAUAAAUACGACCGAGUUGAACCUGUUGCAAUCAGUGUCACGGAUCAGAUGCAGCACCUUGCCAAUCUUAUAGAUUCUGCCGAUAUAGUUGUCAGUCUCCUCCCAUAUUCUCUUCAUCAUGUUGUUGCCGAAUGUUGUAUCAAUUCCAAAGUUAAUAUGGUCACAGCAUCGUACUGCAAUCCAGACAUGCAGGCCUUACACAAUAGAGCUGUCGAGGCAGGAGUGACAAUCGUCAAUGAAGUCGGUCUUGAUCCUGGCUUGGACCAUUUGCUUGCCAUGGAAUGUAUUGACUCCAUUCAUGAGUUUGGUGGCAAAGUGGACUCCUUUAUUUCCUAUUGUGGUGGGUUACCAGCGCCUGAAUGUUCAGACAAUGCUCUCCGUUACAAAUUUUCAUGGUCACCUCAUGGUGUUCUUCUCAAUACUCUUGCCAAUGCAAAAUACUUAUCAGACUCAAAGGUCGUAGAAAUUCCUGCAGGCGGUGAGCUCAUGAAAACUGCUGAAGAUAUGACAUUUUUGCCUGGUUUUUCACUCGAGGGAUUUCCUAACAGGGACAGUGUCAAGUAUGCUCAACUGUAUGGGAUUGCAGCUGAAUGUCAUACAAUCCUACGAGGAACUCUGCGAUAUCGAGGAUUUAGUCAUAUGAUUCAAGGUUUGCAACUACUAGGACUUAUAGAUCCAAACCCACAUCCUGCAUUGCACCCAAAUGGACCUGACAUCACUUGGAGACAACUUGUUUGCACCUUACUGAAUCUCUCAACAUCAGAUAUCUUCUAUGAAAAUUUGAAAUCUAAAAUCGGUGAUAAGAUAGGCCAGGAUAGGCUAGUAGGAGUCGAAGAACUAGGAUUCCUAAUGGAUGAUCCUGUUCAAAAACUAACCACCCCUCUUGACACACUAUCUCAUUUCCUCAGCAAAAAAUUAGCACUGGGUCCCAACGAUCGAGACUUGGUAAUUUUAAGACAUAACAUUGGUGUAAAAUGGCCUGCUGGUCAUCGCGAGAUGAGGGAAAUAACACUGGUGGUUUAUGGAGAGUCCCAUAAACGCACAGCCAUGGCAAGGACAGUCAGUCUGCCUGCCGCCAUCACUGCACAGAUGGUUUUAUCUGGAGAAAUUCAAGCUGCUGGUAUGGUCUUGCCAUUAUCACCUGACAUUUACCGUCCUUUACUAUCACGGUUACGCAAAGAAGGUAUUGUGGCAACCGAAAACAUUCGGAACUUGUGAAUUCAAUGCAAAAAGUAUGAUUUUUCAUUUCUUUUUACCACCGAAUAACUGAAUUCAAUCAGCAAACUCAAGCUGAGAGGAUAAUUUAAUGAUAAUGCAAAGUGCACGCUUUUUGCCAAAAUGCUGUCUCUACACUCACAGCAUGUAACACCAAAUCGACGUUACAUUUUAUUGGAGGAAGGACAAAAAUGUCUGGAAAGGUACAUCAUAAACAGUUUAUAUUUUCUUACAAAAACUUAAAUCUAAAAUCAACCCUUCUAGCUACAACUGUUGAAAUUUUUUUGAAAAAACAACUCAUAAAAAGUUGUUAAAAUUUAUGUUUCAGUAAAUCAUUUUUGAAUAUUUUUAAAAGAGGUGAAAUUUAAGUCAGGAAAGGUCUUAAAAAACGACGUAAAGAUUUACUGUGUAGUUCCUAACAGUUAAAAUGUUUGAAACAUGUUUUAAAAGUCCUAAAGAAGUCGGAAUUUUUUUAUAAGACUUUUUUACUUAAAUUUCACCCAAUGUUCAUUUUACUCAACAAAAUAACCCAGAAGGGUCCCGUAAAAAAUAAUUUUUAAUAGUUUUCCAAGAAUUUUUGAAAAAUGCUUUUCAAAGGUUAUUGGCGUUAUUGCCACUAGAGGAAAAUCAAAGGAACUAGAAUUUUUGAAAAACCUAAGUUGAUAAAAUUCUUUCCCUCCUAUACCUUUUUAUGAUUGACCAGGCUCUUUUGAAUGCUCAGAGCAUGCUGAAUUUGAUGAUCCUUGCUAUUGCCCAUGAGAAGAGCCUGCAUUAGAAAUUUGCCAAAACAGUGGCAUGUACAAACUUUUUUCUCAAAUAUUCCCCAAUGACAAACAUUGAUUUUCUUUCAUUCACACACUUCCCUCAAUGUUUAAUUGUAAAAUCCAAUCCUAUAUCGAUAUUGUGAAUCGAAUUGUGAAAAAAUUUGUGAAACCCCUAUCACACUGUGAAAAUUGUAGAAAGAUCCUUUGAAAAUGAGAAUGAAUAUCACUUUAUCUGUUAUUUUGUCGACCUUUGGCUGUGCUGAAAUCUGUUGCGAGUACUUAACAAAACUGCAUCUAAAAAUCAGUAUUCACGAGUCUUAUUUUUUGUAAAGUUAUUUUGUAAGAGUGAAUAAAUUCUUGUUUUAAGUA